UUUGGUCGACUACUGGAGAGACAGUUGACGGCACGGAAAGACGGCACCUGGGACAGUAUGGGUUAGCAACCCAGCCUGUGUCUUUCGUGAGAGAGAACCCAAACAAGCUACGGAAAGCCCUAUAGAGAGAUACCCCCAGGAGAUCCCGAGAGGGGGGGAGGAUGAGAUCUCCAAUCGGACGGACCAAAGGUUAACAACCCAUGCAAACGGACAGACGAUGAAUGUGACAUGCAUUUGCGGAAAGCUGUGCAAGAAUCAUCGGGGCCUAAAAAUCCAUCAGGCUAGAAUGAAAUGUUUGGAGCGGGAGAGUGAGGUGCAACGCACAGGUCUUGAACCUGGUGAGACGCAGGAGGAGCCCGGCCAGGAGGCAACCCACAGAGCCCAGUCCCUCCACGCACCAGAGCCUCCAAAUCCCAGCAGAGUAGUUCAGCAGCGGAUCAAAUGGCCCCCAGCCAGCAAACGGAGUGAGUGGCUGCAGUUUGAAAAGGAUGUGUCCAACACCACCCAAGCCACAGCCAAAGGAGAUGCUGACAGUCGACUCCAAACGAUGACUACCAUCAUCUUCAGCUAUGCCUUGGAAAGAUUCGGCCGGGUAGAGAAAGGAAAAACCAAGUCUACCUUUUACACCAUGAACCGUAGGGCUACAAAGAUACAUCAUCUGCGUCAGGAGCUUCGCACCCUCAAGAAACAGUACAAGAAAGCUACUGAUGAGGAGAAGCGACCAUUAGCAGAGCUGCAAAAUAUCCUGCGGAAGAAGCUGAUGAUCCUACGCAGAGCAGAGUGGCACCGGAGACGGGGGAGAGAAAGAACCAGGAAGCGAGCGGCUUUUAUUGCCAAUCCCUUCGGUUUUACAAAACAACUGCUUGGGGACAAGCGUAACGGUCGGCUUGAGUGCUCAAUAGAGGAAGUGAAUCGCUUCCUCCAGGACACAGUGAGCGAUUCCCUGAGAGAGCAAGACCUGGAGCCCAACAAAGCUCUCGUCAGCCCCGCCCCUCCAACAACAGAGUUCAACUUGAAGGGGCCAAGUCUGAAGGAGGUUGAGGAGAUCAUCAAGGCAGCUCGCUCAGCAUCUACUCCAGGCCCCAGUGGUGUACCUUAUUUGGUUUAUAAGCGCUGCCCAGACCUUCUCCGGCACCUGUGGAAGAUCUUGAAGGUGAUUUGGCGAAGAGGAAGAGUUGCUGACCAGUGGAGGUGUGCUGAGGGAGUGUGGAUUCCUAAAGAGGAGAACUCGAAAAACAUCAACCAGUUUCGAACCAUCUCAUUAUUGAGUGUUGAAGGGAAGGUGUUUUUUAGCAUCGUCUCACGAAGACUGACAGAGUUUCUCCUCAAGAACAACUACAUCGACCCCUCAGUGCAGAAGGGGGGGAUUCCUGGAGCUCCCGGCUGCCUGGAACAUACUGGUGUAGUUACACAACUCAUCAGAGAGGCCCAUGAGAACAGAGGCGACCUAGUUGUUUUGUGGUUGGACCUGGCGAAUGCCUAUGGGUCCAUACCGCACAAGCUAGUCGAGCUCGCUCUACACCUCCAUCAUGUUCCCAGUAAGAUUAAGGACCUGAUCCUAGAUUACUACAAUAAUUUUAGGAUGCGGGUCACUUCAGGGUCAGAAACAUCAGACUGGCAUCGUAUUGGGAAAGGAAUAAUAACAGGCUGUACCAUCUCUGUUAUUCUUUUUGCUCUUGCCAUGAAC